UCUGGGCACCCGCCUUCCCUGCAACCUCCAGCUCCGGCUGCCGCGUCUCCGCCCCAUGAGCUCAUCGCCAGCCCUUAAUAAAAGGCGCAGCCCCGGCGCUGCGCUCUCAGCUUCCCCGCGUGAGACGCGACGCGCGCAGCCCAGCAAGUAUCCUUACGCGGCGGCGCAGCCGGAGCCCCAGCCGAGAGCCCCACGUAGCGCGAUGAGCUCCAUCUUGGACGUCAACACCAUCUUCCAGGUACGCGCAGCAGCGCGGAAAAACCGCGGAGGGGCUGGGGACUGUCUCCCAGACGAAGGAAGGGGAUGCCCUCCAUGAAAGAGAAAAGCUUUCAGCGCGCGGUUUGCAUUGCGUUUUUGGUUCCGGGCUUUUUACGCAGCUUCUGGCAACUACUUUUCGCCCUCUUUCCUUCCCAGCCGAGGUCGGAAAGGAAGGUCGGAUGUUUCCCCGCUGCCACCCCUUCCCUUUCCCCCCUCCUUUCCGUCCUGUUCCUCCGAUACCGAGUCGCCAAAUUGGGUUUGGACUUUCCAGAAAGACCCGAGAUCCGGGAACGGUUUCGGGAGGCUGGAAAGAGUCCUGGAUUUGGCUGGGAUAUUUUGGCUCCUAGGGACUGAUUGUUGGAAGGGAUUUUCCUGGCAGCUCUGUGGGCUGGUGUAACCUUGGAAGUUAGAAAUAUAUUUGUGUGUGAGAGAGAGAGAUCCCUGGAUCAGACAGGAACCUUUUCCUCUUGAGAUUGUUGGUCGCUGGAUAGUAAAACUUAAUGAUCUCGUUCUUUACUGCUAGACCUAACUACAUCCCGGGCUGGGCCGGCCAUUUUUCCUGCCUCCACCCACCGGGUGUCAUUUUUAUUUUUUAAAGUGGACGCCACUUCAGAGCUAGGAGGAAGGAGGGUGUCCUUUUUUGACUUUCGGGUAGGAAAAUUUCUUGGGGGCGCUGCGGUUUCUUGUUGACAGUACCCGCUGCCUGACCACCUUCUGCCAAGACAGCCGGGGACACAUUUUCCAUACAAUUGGUGGUGUGUUUCUGUCAAAGAGAGAGAGAUUUUGUGUGUGUGUGUGUGUGUGUGUUUAAAGUGAGAUGGUUCUUUUUGGGCGUCUAGAUUUCCUUGUAUGACAACGCAAGCUUUUGAGUGACACAGAGCUCUGUGUCACCUUUCAGGCAAAAGAGUUAAAACCCAGGCAACUGUUGGGAAUCCGAGUUUUCUUCCCCCUGCUCUCUAAUGUGGCUCUACUCUGCAAAGCACACCCAUUUUGAACCCUGAAUAUCUCCUCGCCAGCUCUCAUCCUUACCUGGAAAAUCUUGGCGAGGGGCUCCAGUUAUUUUGCCGGAUUCCCUUUCUGAUUAUCCUGCUUCUAUUGAGGAAAAAAAACACAAAUCUGAGAAAUGGCUCAAGCAGACCUUUCUUUUGAGAAAUGGAAGUAACUGUAUAGAGGGAGAGUGUUGCCUGUUUGGCUACUUUGUUUUGGAGGGGGGUUAUUUGUGCCCCCCUUCCUAGAUUCUGCCCCACCCGGUUCUCUCCAAAUUGAAUUGGGUGGCGGGUGGCUCAGAAGGGAAUGGGAGGGGACAGGAACAUAUUUUUUUUUGCUGGCUUACUUCCUGGAGGGAGGAACAGCACUUUUUUCUAGGUCAUUAGUUCUGUGCCUUCUUCUUUUCUUUCUCCUUGGCUGGGGCUGUGAAAUCAAGCAGGCUUAAGCACUCCGACUUCAGAUUUCACAAGCCCUUUCCUUAAACUGCAGCAGUCCAGGAUUGGUGUGCGGGUUUCAGUCCCGCAAAAGACCGAGGAAAUGAAAUUCUGUCAUUGCCCUGCACAGAAUCGCUGCGGCAGUUUGAAUUUUCUGUGCAAAAUCUGUAAGAAGAGUUCUAAAAAAUAAUAUUUGGUAUAUAAUGGAGCCAAUGCAGUCUGGUGCUAGAUUAGGUCCCGGCCAUUAGGAUCUGGGGUUCAGAUCCCCCGGGUGACUUCGGACCAAUGACUUGCCCUACUUUACAGGGUUGUUGUGAGUUUAAAAUAGGGGUGGAGAAGGAACCUUGUUCACCACCUGAUCUCCUCAGGAGAGGGACAAGAAAAAACCACAAUUGAAUCAAGCAAAACAUUUAUCUUUGUUGAGAGGGUGUGACAAAGUUUCCUCUAUAGAAAAAAACUGAAUGGGCCCGAAUCAUUUGUUUGUUGAAUGUAUGUUUUGCUGUUGUAACAUGUCCUUGGGACUUUACGGUGAGAGUUACAUAGGCUUUUUUUAAAAUAAACAUGCAAGCCUGAUUUUGUUUCCCGGUAGGCUGUGCAAAUCGUAAAUAAAGCAAGUUAGUUUACAACCCGCCAAUAAAGGGUUCGUUCAGUUGGGAGCCCAAGAGCCCAGUCGGGAGCUCAAUCUAGCUUUGGCUAGAUUGAGAAACGAGGAAUUAAAGUUUUUGGGUUACGUGGAAUACUUCGGGCAGAUGUUGAGUGAAGGUAAAUUUCCGCAGUUAGUUGGAGGUGACGUGUUUUCAGUCCCAUAGCAGAAAAUGCAUUAAGCAACAGCCCACUCCUCUGAAGCAAGACCCACAGCCUUGCGACCACGUCCACAAAACCUGAUAAUCCUCAUGCGAAUGUCAGGCUCAUCACAUGUGCAAAAGCCUUCUCUACCUCUGUGUCAGCAGGGAAACAGCUUGCAUUUUCUUGAAGCCUAAUGCAAACCCUGCAAAACAGAUAAUUUUCUUUAAAACAGGACCCCAAGAUAUUCCUACUUAAAAUGUGCAUGCCAUGAACGCCUUCUGGAGCAAGGGGCUUAUUAUUAUUGGCCUCCCAGGUCUAGAGAGCGUUUGCCAAGCUGACCCCACCCACCCCCGCCAGGUUUCUUGGACUACAAUUCCCAUCAGCCCCAGACACCCCUGCUAAAUUAAAUAGACCACACCCUUCUCGACAGGCAGGAAGGCAGGUCUUUCCAUCCUGGGAUGAACUGUCAAACUCAGAAGCUGCGUUGGCUGCUGGGCUACGUGGAGGACCGGUUUGCAAAAUAUCUCCAAAUAUCUCAAAAUGAAUUCGAGAGAAUCUGCACCGACAGCCCAUUAUUGUUGCAUGUGUCACCCCCAGUUCACUGAAAGGCACAGAUCAUGCCAGUGAAAGAUUGAGAAAUAGGUGUUGACUCUUGCCACAUCUUGAUAAGGGGUCUUAUGGCUUGGAUGAUUAAGGAGCAGAUUUGUGAAGAUUAACAGGCCAGGUGGCAAAACAGGGGGAAGUUGUUUUUCAAAGUUUCUACUCCUCCAGAUUGUAGAUAUAGGUGGAGCCUAGUUUAUAUGUGGUCGUGGAGUUCUGGGAAAAGAAUACAGCACAUGCUCAAUAGUGCUUUCUUCCUUUGUGAUCUCACACACUUUGAGAAUUUAGCCCCAGCGUUUUAAAAGCAGGGUGUAGGCAUGGUGCCCAGUUUUCCAUAUUACAGGUUUUGGGCAAUAGGGUGUAAUUUUUUUUCUCAUUUAUCCAAAAAAUGUUUUAAGGCAAAAGACUUCCACCAGGGACACUGCUCUUGUUUUGAUUGGUUUUAAUAAAUCCUGCAGCUUUGGAAAGUCUUCAUAAAGAAACAAAUAAGCAGCGGUUAGCCUCCUGAAAAAGGUCCAUUUUUAUUUUUGACAGCACGUGAAAGUUUAGUUUGACACCUGAUUUCCGACGCAAAGACAUUUUCCGGCCUCUCAGUCACAGAUAAGUCUGGGGCAGCUUGGGUUUCUGUAAGGAAAGUGUGUGUUUGUUGGUGCAAGAUGAGGAACGGCCACCUCUUUUUUACCUUAUUUAGUUACUGCAGUUAUAUACCCCACCUUUUCUUCCAAGGAUCUCAAGUCGUCGUGUACACGGUUCUCUUUUAAAUUCCCACAACAACCCUGUGAGGUAGGUUAGGCUGAGAAAGGCAGCAGUGAGCUUCAUGCGGCUGACGGGGCAUUUGAACCCAGCUCUUGAUCCUAGAUACUCUCACCAUCGCACCACACUAUUCCUAAUAAUGCCCAAUUUGCAACUCUGGAUAUUUGCCAGAAGUUGAAGGGGCCCUCGAGUGUAGGCAUGGGGAACAGUGAAAUCAUGUGGGAACGCAGAAGAAAAAAUUGAGUCUUCAUCCUUUUUGUCGCUCGGCAUUCGUUUCAAGCUUCUAGAUCUCAUGGUUCAACGAAGUCUGUUUCCUGGCUAGAGAUCUUCCAUUGACAACCUUCCUUCCCUUUGCACGUGUGUUUCCAUUGCUAGCUACCUGGCAAUCUCUCCCCCACCUUAAAAAAAGAUGCUUGCCACUUCCUGGGGGCAGGACUUCCUCUUCCUGUUUGUCAGGCUCCUGCCACUCAUCUGCCGAGCAAUUCCUGUUUAGCAAAUCUUUCAUUAGUCUGCCUUACCUGGGCUGCACCUGCGCUGCCACCUGUCUCAGCUGAGCCCUGUCCAGCCUGUCUCCCUUGUCUCUUCUCAUCCAUCUAAGCUGAGAUUGCACACUCUGUGGAACCCGGGUUCUCCACGCAGGGGGUUGGACUAGAUGACCGUCAGAGGUCCCUUCCAACUCGACAACUUCAUUUACAAGACGGGAGCUUUCCCUUGUUAGUCUUUUUAUCAAUGCUGUUCUGCAGCUUUUGACUUUGGGACGCCUUGAGGCGUGGCCUGUCUAACGCCAAAGUCCACAGACCUGAUUCAAACUUGUAUUUUUUUACCCAGAGAGAGAGAUAUAUAUUUCCAUUUAAAAUGCAAGCCAUCCGAAUUGGAACGGCAGGUCCGAAACCAAACCGGUGGCUUCAAAAUGCCAGUAAACUGAAUCUGCAAAUUGUUCCUCGACCUGCAAAUUUGGGAGGCUGGUUGAGCUAGAAACAAAUUGUUGCUGCGUUGCAGGGAGUUGGUCUAGAUGACUUUGGGGGUCCCGUCCAACCCUGUGAUUCUGUGUUGCUAUGAAAUGAGGCAGCCCUUGUCUGCGCCCCCUCGGCUCAGGAGGUCACGGGGUUUCCCCAUAUUGGCAUCUGGUACAAAAAACAGGAUGUUGAGGUAUAGAUGCGCAGGCUUGUGGAACCUCCAGCUCCAGUGGCAGUCUAUCCCGAUUUCUAGGUUUGCUGGGGUAUUUGGCCCGGCGGGAACAGGCUGCUGGACUCGGUGGGCCCCUUUGGGCCAGAUCCAGCAGCCAGAUGCUUCCCUGCCUCCUUAAUUAGCCCAGACGAUAGCAAAGUGAUAAUGCGCCUCUAGUAGGUGAAAGGCUUUCUGGGCUCCCACAACCCUCCCUUCCUUCCCUAUCUUUCUGGCUCUCCGCAGUCAGAGGAGCAGCUGUUCCCCCUCCAGCUCUGGCGCAGGCCCAGCGUUAAAAAUAACUGCGACCCAGCCCACCGCGGCUAUAUGAAACUGCCUGACGUCACCUUUUCCUGCUCCGCAGCGAGGCCCACUCUGCUCUCAGAAACCUGUUCGCCCUUCCUCAGCGCCUCCACCUCCUUCUCCUCCGCCAGCUGCCUUGUCGCGGCAGCCAGUGCGAUGUAGAACUAGGGAGACCUGGGUUCGAAUCCCUGCCCUUGGCCGUGAAGAUUAUGGGCCAGUCAGUCACUCUCCCUCCCAGCCUAACCUGCCUUGCAAGGCUGUUGUGGGGAUUAAACGAGAACCAGCUAUGCCACCUUGAGCUCUCCUUUUUUUGCAGGGGAGGGAAAAAGUGGGAAAGAAAUGCAAUUACUAGGAUAUAAUUUUUGACGUUCUUGGAGAGAGGGGCGAAGGAUUGAGGCUGAGCCUCCUUUGAAAUCUUGAUUGUAUCCCAUAGCAGCCAUUUCCAGGGCAGGGAUCUCAGGGGGGACAAGACUGGAGACAACGAUCUCCCAGAUUUUUGGUCUCCAUCACACUUCCGGCAUCUACCUGUGUUUGUAAACUUAUUUAUGGGCUGACUUUGGGGACAGAGCUUGUACAGAAGAAGCACAGUGUUUGGAAUUUGCCAUCUCUACCAUCUGGGAACCAUUUGAUCCAGACUGUUUUCACACACCCUAUACCCCACCCUGCAGAAUUAGUUAUAUUUUAUCUGCACAAUCAGAACGAAUUACUGGCACCAAAAUGCCUUGUCUGAGCAGCAGCAGUUGCCGUUAAGAAAAAGCAGUCAGAAUAGCCCAGUAUAAUUGUGGGCUGUCCCUGGAGCCAAGUGACUUUCCUCCUGCAAUUCCUCAAAGUUCUUAACCUAGCUCAAGGUUGUCAUCUGAACUGAUACUCAAUCAGAGUCGUUCCAUCCGUUGAAAAUCAAGACUUGCCCCCAAAUUACAACCAGGCAUUCCUCAAACCCUUGGUUUGCACCAGACUUCCUUCCACCUCUUACUUGGGUCCAUAGAAUUCUAUAUUAUAUGGCUUUCCAAUUGUAUCUAAUAUUCUAUUUACCACCUUUCCCACUGUGUCUACUAGUUAUCUUUACAAGAGUCAUUCUAGCCCAGUCAAAAAAAUUUAAAUCGACGCAGUAAUCUUCCAGAUAUUUUUAAAAAUUUACUCCAAUUCUUGUUGAACUUUUGGUACUCUUGGUCUCUUAACUGCCCGGUCAGCUUGCCCAUCUCUGCGUAUUCCAUCAACUUCACUUGCCAGUUCCUCUUUGUUGGAAUUUGAUCUUUCCCCCAGUUUUGUGCUAACAAUACUCUCGCCGUUGUGGUGGUGUUCAUGUGAUCAGCUUUUUCGUAGGGGAACGGGAAGCCGCCACGCUGUUCGUCCCGCUCUCCCGAUGGCGGGGAGGGCCCAAUGGGGCCCCGAGUCAGAUCUCGCUGGCCCAAAAUAUUGGGGGGACUGAAGCCCUGUUUGCCCGUCGGGGUGCAGGAAACAGCCACGAAAAUCGUCCUGCUCGCCUGGUGGCGGGACAGAUUGAUGACGCCCAGCAGGACACCUGCUCUAGGGGGACAUUUAGGGGGCUAGCCUAGUUCCCGCUGGCCGCACGCCACUGCCCCCGGGGGUCAUCUGUUCCAACCCCCUGCAAUGCAGGAAUCUCGACUGAGUCCUCCAUGACAGAGGGCCGUCCAUUCUCUGCUUAAAAAUAAAGCACAAGGCAGCAGCACCGAAAGCUCACGCCUCUCUCUCUCUCUCCCCGCAGAACCUGCGUAACCUGUCUCUGAGCGAGGACCUGGACAUGCCCUCCUCGCGCCGUGACUCCGCCUGUUCCCUGGACACGCCCUACAGCAGCGGGGACUCCUCCCAGCUGUGGCCACUUCGCAGCCACUGGAGCCCCGGCUCGGAGCAGCAGUUGCGCCCCCUCGGCGAGCCCACCCGCCGCCCGCCUUUGCGGCCCGACCGCUCCAUCAGCCUCAUCGAGGGAAGCAAGGCGCUGCCGCCUCCUCCUCCGGGCUUCCCUCCCCUUAAGCUGCCCUCGCUGGCGGCGCCGCCGCUCUCUUCCCGCUACAAGACGGAGCUGUGCCGCACCUUCAGCGAGACGGGCAAGUGCAAGUACGGAGCCAAGUGCCAGUUUGCCCACGGCGCGGCCGAGCUGCGCACGGUCAGCCGCCACCCCAAGUACAAGACGGAGCUGUGCCACAAGUUCUACAUCCACGGCGAGUGCCCCUACGGCUCCCGCUGCCACUUCAUCCACUCCAUCGAGGAGGCCCAGGCCUGCUCGCCGUCCUCGUCGUCGCCGCAGCUCCUGCGCCAGAGCGUCAGUUACUCCGGAGUGCCCGCCGGGCGACGCUCUUCCCCUCUGCACGGCGUCCCCGACCCGGCCUCCUUUGCCCGGGCGCCGUCCGUCUCACCACCUCCGGCCCCGGCCGACCUCCUCUCCCCGACAUUUGGGCACCUGAACUCGGAUCCCAUCUCUCGCUUCCACACGCUGGGGGAAGCCCUGGCCGUCCCGGCCUCCGGGGGGUGCUGCUCGUGCCGCUGUGGCAAGUCAGCCAGCUUGUCCGGCCCUCUCCAGACCCACCACCGGGACCUCUUCUCCGCUGCUCCGGGGACGCCGACCUCUGCGGCCGCUUCCGCCAACCUGCCCCGGACGCCUUCCUCCAACUCCCUCUCCGACCCCGACUGCUACAGCAGCUCCAGCAGCCUGAGCGGUUCCGACUCGCCCGUCUUUGACUUCCACGCCCCCAGCGGGCCCGUGGGGAGCAGCAACCGGCUGCCCAUCUUCAACCGAAUCUCCGUCUCCGAGUGAGCCUUGCUGCGACUUCGCCGGUUUGCAGAUUUAUGCGGGGAGUGAUUUGUCGCUGCGCAGGUGUUACGUAUGACCUUCCCGGUUUGUGGGGCCUGUUCGAACCACCCUCUGGACUCGAUCCCUCGGAGCUGUCGCUGCUCCGGGGUCCUCAAGCCGCACGCAGGACUUCCUGGUGUUUCGCCGCGUCCUUUUCGCUGACGGAAGAGGGAGAGGAGAGCGCGAAAGAGGAGGCUGGAACCCUCCUUCCCGUCUCCCCUCCGUCCAAAUGUGCCUGGAAAACGCCUUUUAAAAGAGAGAGAGAAAUGAACAACAACCCAAAUUGGUUCUGGUUUGUUGCGUUUACCCCACAAGUGCCUUGUGCAGGCUCAAAGGGGGCACAGCCCCCCAACCCAAUACGUCAGGGCCCGAGAGUCUCGCUUGCGUCGAACAGCAGGUAGUUAGUGAUGCGAUUGGCAGGUGACCACAGUGAGCCUUUGACAGUGGGGCAGGGUCCCCCCUUCUUCCUCACCUGGGUUUUGCUCUUCCCCACCCUAGUGACCUCUGCCCCCCCAGCACACCCUUUUUAGCAUGACAAACCCACCACCAAAUCAUUUGACCCACCACUGCAGUGGAAACCGCAAAUCGGACGAAACAGGAUGAUUGGAGAGAGACUAAAGAGAGAGAUUGGAGAUGGCCGGGUUUGGCUCCCUGGCCGCCAGUUGCCGACCCCUUACAGAGCUCCACCUCUUAAAACUACGCAGAAAGAGGGGAAACAGUGCCUUGCCUCCGAAAGUGCCAUGUCGGUUCGGGCGGAUAAAAGCUGAAAGUGCGAGGCUUAUUAUCCCAACUGUCCACCUCUCUCGUGUCUCUUUUCCCCAUCCUGUGAAAUUUUGCUAAUACGGGGUGGCAGCUAGGAGAUCUCUUCCCCCCCCCCAAAACAUUCCUUCAUCCCUCCCCAGUCUGUGGUUUUGCUGUGGUUUGGGGGGAGAUGGAGAUCACAGACACAUUGGAAGGGAUUCCAUGGGUCAAUCUAGUCCCUGGCAUUCCUCUUGCCUGUUGACCAUCGCUCCUCCAAACCCAAGCUGCCCCAGAUAUCUCCGCAGUGGGGAAAUGGAGCAGUUCCGCCCUUCUCGUCGCCCUCGCCCCAAUUUUGUAUGUAGCAGAUUUACAAUUCCUCUUUGGGAAGGGGGAACAGACGACACGGCGGUUGGAAAUUGGGCAGAGGAGAGGUGCAAUCGUGACGAUGCUUCCUCUGCCGGUUUCCUCGUUUAUUUAUUUUUUUAAAUUAAAAAUAUAGAUAUCUCUGGUUGCUUCUAACAUACUGUGAAUGCCUGGACCUCGCUGCCUUAAUGGGCAACCCCCUUCCCCUCGCACACAAACGACAAGGGGCUGAGAGUUGGGUUUAAAAUUAAACGAAAAAUCAAAAUAGCAUUGGCCCCUAGCAUGGAGGUUGGAGGAGCCUUGAAUUUUUCUGAGAUUGCAAAAGAAGAGACUCUCUGGUUUUCUGUCUUUUGGUGGAAGGGUGGGAAAAAGCCACCUAGGUGUGUCUUGCUGUUUCACACCCAUAUUUACACUGAUCACUAGGAGCAUCAAAGGAUGGAGAUCAGAUGCUAAACGGGGACUGAGCAGCCAUGAGGGGGUGGGGUGGAAUUCUUAAUCUUUUAUAUAUAUAAAAUGUUGAUGCUAACUACCUGCGUCUAAUUAUUGUGGGGAACGUAUGUGUCUGUGUGUAUUUUUAUUUCAUUUAAAAUGAGCCCUCAAUGUUUACCUUGUAAUACUGCGAUAAGCAAAAAAACAAACCAAAAUGUAAACUAUUUAUAGACACUUUAUUUAUUCAAACAAUUUUAUAUACUAUUUAUCUUUUUUUGUAAUAUUCCAAAAUAAUAUAUAUAUAUAUAUUUUCGUGUUUGAAAUAUGGAAAAAAAGAGAACAUUGUGCUAAAAUUUAAAUUGUUUAUGGGGAAAAAAAUAAGUUUGCUACUUUCUUCGCUAGGGGGAAAAAAAGUUUGCUAUUUCUUUUCUCAGUGUGAGAAUUUCAGAUAAAAAAAGCAACUAAUAAUGGUGCCGUUAAUAAUAAUUAUUAUUAUUGAUAAUAAUAAAUUCAAAGAUCGAAAGGA